CUAUGUGAGAAAGCUGCUUGUUGUUGGUCGAGUGCAGUACAAAAUUUUACAAAACAGGUAAAAUUGGAAUGUCUUCUAAUUUUGCAGGCGUGUGAUUGAGCCUAGAUUUACUCCUGUGCUGGUGACUGUUGCUGAUAUGAUCACUGAUAUUUAUCAGCCUGUGGUUGGGCAGUCAGCAAUAGUUGAUAAACAGUUCUUGAAACUUCAGGAAGCUAUUGGAAAAGAAAUUGACUAUCAAGAAGAACUACUGGAAGUUCUGGGAAUGAUGGAUACACUGUUUGCUACUUUUACUAAGAAAAAAGAUACCUGUCUAGAAGAGAACAAAAGUAAUGGUGUUACAGAGAUCAUUGAAACAAAUAUGAAUUUCUGACACCCAUCACAAAAAAUUGUCACAAUUGUGAACUUGAAAGAUGACCUAUUCUCCUGGUAACUUCUUAUACUAGUGACUUUCAAAAUAAGCUUCUCUGUGUUGAAGUUAUGUCUUUUAAACUGUGUUGCUGAAUAGGCUUGAUUACUGAAGACAGAGGACAUUUUCAGGGUUGUCCA